CAAACCUGACAGCCACGUUUUUCUUAUUUUUGUUUUAUUCUUCCUGAACAGAGGCAGAUAUUCAGUCCAGCCCUGUCCAUCAUCAAACAAUAAAUUAAAAAAGACCCCAUCCCGAGCCGGCCGUGGUCCAUUCACCUGCAGUCCCAUCUUCUCCAUGGCGGCCCGCGGCUAAAGCGCCACGCAAGGCUGCCCAAAUUACCCACAAUGCCGCAGCACUUCCCGAAUUUCUUGUCACUUUUUCCCUCGAACAAUAUGGUGAGACGCGAAUAAAGCUCUCAUCUCGGCUCAAAUCAGGCACGAGCGCUGAUCGCCAAAAGGCAAAACCCGAGAGGCCGAGCUGAAGAGAAGAGAAGCGCAGCGGCCUGCACAUCCUCCCCCACCCGCGCGACACCGGGAGCCAAGCGCCAGGACUAGACGGGGUCGCACAUUCCCCGCGACUAGAAUGUCCGAAGUUCCUCGUAGGAGCGCAAGGAUUCAAGAAGAAAAAUGUCAGAGAUGUUCACUUCAGAUCAAAUAUGGCUGUUCCUCACUUUCUACAUCACUCUAGUGAGAAGUGUUCCACCUGUUGGUCUUCAGCCUGAGCAGAUCCAUUUGUCUUAUCCAGGUAAUCCUCGAUCAAUGGUCAUUACCUGGACAACCUUUAACAAGACGGACACUCUGGUGGAAUAUGGCGUGUGGGGUGGAAAGCUGUUUGAUAAGGUGACCCAGGGAAGCUGUGCCAUGUUUGAAGAUGGGGGAACAGAGAAGAGAAGCCUAUUCAUCCAUCGGGUUACUCUGCGAGACCUCGAGCCUGGCUUGGCCUACGUUUAUCACUGUGGCAGUGAGGAGGGCUGGAGUGAGAUUCUCUUCUUCAACACCAUUAAGGAAGGCAACAACUGGAGCCCCAGGUUUGCACUUUUUGGAGAUCUGGGUAAUGAAAAUCCUCAGUCUUUAGCUCGGCUACAGAAGGAUACCCAGAUUGGCAUGUAUGACUUCAUUUUACACAUUGGUGACUUUGCCUACGACAUGGAAGAGGACAAUGCGAGAAUUGGAGAUGAAUUCAUGCGGCAGAUUCAGUCUAUAGCUGCUUACGUUCCUUACAUGACGUGCCCAGGAAAUCACGAGCAAGCCUACAAUUUCUCAAACUACAGGAACCGUUUCAGCAUGCCAGGAGACACUGAAAGCCUUUGGUACAGCUGGAAUGUUGGACCUACACACAUCAUUUCGUUUUCCACUGAAGUUUAUUUUUACCUGGAUUAUGGGCUGGAUUUGCUUUUCAGACAAUACCAAUGGCUUGAAAAGGACCUUAAGGAAGCAAACAAGCCAGAGAACCGGAGAGAGAGACCGUGGAUUAUAACGAUGGGUCACAGACCGAUGUACUGCUCCAAUGACGACAAGGAUGACUGCACCCUGUUUGAAAGCUAUGUCCGACUUGGCCGCAACGACACAAAGCCUCCUGCACCUGGUCUAGAAGAGCUCUUCUACCUUUAUGGUGUCGAUCUGGAGCUGUGGGCCCACGAGCACAGUUACGAGAGGCUAUGGCCAGUGUAUGGAUUCCAGGUUUUCAAUGGCAGCAAGGAGCAGCCAUAUGUCAAUCCAAAAGCACCAGUGCACAUCAUAACAGGAUCUGCGGGUUGCAGAGAGGAACAUGACGGGUUUGUCCCAAAGCCGCGAGAAUGGAGUGCAUUCCGCAGUACUGAUUAUGGGUACACACGAAUGCAGGUGCUAAACAGCACACACCUCUACAUUGAGCAAGUCUCAGACGACCAGAGCGGCAGGGUGAUCGACAGUGUCUGGAUUGUAAAAGAACAGCAUGGCGUGGCAGCCUGGCUUUGACCAAUGCAGAAGCUGGUUGGCGGCUCUUGACCUCUACAGUUCUUAAUGUCAUUACUUAUGAUUUCUUCCUAAGAAAAAUUAAGAAUGGAAACUUUUUUUUUCUUUAAAUCAGGUUGAUUCCUCUCUGAUUCUACUGUUCAUGUUCAGAGGUAUUUAUCUCCAUCAACACUUAAAUAUGAGUUAAAACAGGACAGCAGGAAGACAAUGGAACCAAGAAAUGACAAGUUAGCAUGCAUUGCGCAAUAUUCAGGUUGCUCUGUAGAGCAGAUGGAAGGUAAAGGGACCAGAAAAUAAAUGUGUGUCAAAGCUUUGGAAGUGAGAGUUCUAACCAAUCUCUUUGCCAAAUCAAAAACAAAACCCUAAAUUGCAGUUAAAGCCCACGUCAAAAUAGUGUUUAACAUGUUGACUGUCACAAUGAAGAUAAGUGAAUCUGUUCCUGGUGCCAAUCUAAAAUCAGGGCAUUAGCUUAAUUUACCAAUUAAAUGCAUUUUUGUAUUCACUAAAACCCUAAACUCUAAAAACAAUCUAUUUGAGUUACCAAAUAGUUGGUGAAUGAAACUGAAAAUUCAUUGUGAACAUCAUCUGUGUAUGGACUUGGCUGGGUCUAACAAUUUAGAUCCUCCACAAUUUGUUGCAAUCUAAUGUUGCAGUUUCCAGAGAUAUUCAGAUGGUUGCAGUUCUCCAUAUAUAAAUUGUUUCUAUGAAAAAUGUUAUCCAAAAUAAGGCUAAUAACAAAAAGCUAACAAAGUGAAAUUUUCUGUUUCUGUGGUGCCAUGCUAUACUCAGUGUACAUCCAUUGCUCACAAAUAUGCUUGUAGUUUGUACUAAAUCCCAGAGGACAGCUUAUGAGAAACUGAGUAGGAGGUGGCGGUGGUGGUGGUCUCUGUCCACACAGUAGAUCACCUCCUACGAGUUAACUCGCGUUUAACAGUCAACGUGUUAAUCACAAUAAAUAAGAAAAGCAAAAGCACACAAAAGGGUUCUCUGUUGUUAUCCUAAUAUUGGAAGUCAUAGAAACAUAUGCAGUGACCUUUUAUGCCAUUUUGAUAAUAAUGUCACACAUUAGCAAGCUAAUGCUAUAGCAGUGUAGUGGGAACUGUGCCACAAAUGGCAGUGCCUGCAAAAAUCAGGAUGUUGUCAAAAAGAAAGAUACAAAUAAUUGUCCACUGUUUGAAAAUGCUGAAAAUGAAUUAGGCAAUCCCACAAUACAAAAUGACUUUGAUUCUAGAAAAUUAAAUAAAAAAUUAAAAAAAUGAAACAAUCAUGAACACAGGGCUUAGUUAACUGUUUCAAAGUUAAAACAUUUUAAUUUUUUGCUAAAUUUUCCCCUGGGUGAAAUAGUUGGUUAAUUAGCUAGUUAGUUAGUUCAUUAGUUUGUUCGUAUCUAUUUGCUGUACAGCACUUUUUCUAUCUAUCUAUCUAUCUAUCUAUCUAUCUAUCUAUCUAUCUAUCUAUCUAUCUAUCUAUCUAUCUAUCUAUCUAUCUAUCUAUCUAUCUAUCUAUCUAUCUAUCUAUCUAUCUAUCUAUUAUAUAGUGCCUUUCAUGUCUGUCUAUCUAUUUAUCUACAGUAUCUAUCAUAUAGUGCCUUAUCUAUCUAAUUACUUGAUCAAAGAAAGUGACAUUUUUCUUUAUUAAAUAAUUCUUUAAAAACGAGUCAUAUUAAAAAAAACAGUGAUAAUGAAAUGUAAUAAGAUAUAUUAGUAGGGCACAUAAAACACACGUUAUUGCAUUGUCAUGUACUGUAGUAAAAACGGAGCCUUUUAAAGGCUUGUGGUGGCUCAGCAGCUUUCAUAAUAAGCAGAAUCCAAUUCAAGAGAUGUAAAAAUGGCAUCAACUGAUGUGCUAUUGUUAGUUGUUGAUUGUGAAAGGUCUGCGGAUAAAUGUAUGUUUAUUCCUAACACAGAACAUUUUUCAUUGGAAUACCCAGUGGAGAGUUAAAACUGAUGUUGAACUCCACCUGCACUCACAUGUGAAGGCUGCGGAUGUGAAGAUGUUUUCUUGCCAGUCUGUGUGACUCUGCAGUUGUUGCAAUAACUCAAAUUUGGGAUUUAUUUUGCCAUCAGAAACAACAACUAAUGGAAACCUAAAAGAGGAGAAUAUACAAUUUGAAAUAACCUCCCUCAAGGUAAAUUUCAUAUCCAUCACUAACUGAGGUCACAGAGAAUGUUUCUCUGUUUUACAACAAGUGAUUCUUUAUUGCUAUGUCACCAAUAUAAACAUACUGAUUUAAAUAUGGUUGCCUUGAUGGUUACCUUUGGUAACCACCCUUGAGCAACAUGUGGCACCCCAAAAUGACUACACCUAUAACACAAUGUCGCUGCGGAAGAAUGUUAAGUAAUAAAUAAUUAAAUAUAUCUCAAUAAUAGCAAAACAUUAUGCCACCAAAUGGGGCAACUACGAUCUUCAUAAUUUCUAGAAUACAAUAAAAACGACAACAAUAAAAUUUACUACAUGAGCAAAAAUAAUUAAACAAAACUGGUUUCCAAUUUUCAAUUCUGUGCAAAAACAAUGUAUGACUCUGUUACUAGAAAGACUAAAUAGCAUUCAUCCAAACUAAAAAGAAGUCUCAAAACCAAAGUCCAAAAGAGCCAAGCCAGAGUUAGCGAACCAGAAAUUCCAAACAAGUACACUCAUGAGUACAUCCAGAUAGCACCCACAAACAUGACGAAAGGCUCACUACCAUUAUGUCUGUGACAUCACAGGGCUCAACCCCCGGGACAUGCCCUCUAGCAACCCACAGUCACAUCAUAGCAACGGCUCUUUAAAAUGAUGGUGCCCAUUAAAAACAAAAAGCUGCUGUGAUAAACAUUCAAGGCCAAAUUAAAAAGAAUUAAAACAAGGCUCAAAUAUUAAUCUCCUUAAAAUAAAGGAAAUAUAUCUGGAUUCACAGUUUCAAAAUGAAGUUAAAAAUUGCUAAAAAAAAUGACAAAGCCAAGAAAAAAUGCACAAAACCUCAGCAGUGAUAACAGAGGCCAUCCUUGCAGCAUGGGAUACAAUCAGGAGCAAACCCUGGGUGUUGUGGCCCCCUACUGCUGGACACACUCACGCAGACUCCGACACUCGCUUGUGCUGAGCUGCUCUGUGUGCUUCUUUACCUUGCCUGUAUGACUAUGGGGUGCUAAAAGACAGUGAAAGAACGAGUUAACUCCACAUAAACAGUGCAUGGGCUGGAGUUUGAACCUACCACGCUGGAAUUUUGAGAGCAUGGGGCUCUCUGCUGAAAAAGUGCAAAAAAGGUGGAUCUGCAGAAAAGUAUAUUAAUAUACUUUACAUUUAUACCAAUUCCAGAAUGAUAUGAUUAUAAAAAAUGAAAAAGAAAAAAAAACUCCAAUAAGUCUACAGAUGCCCAAAAUUACUUAAUGUGGGACUGUAUGGAGAAUAGUGAAGACUAUGCAGAUGGAUGUUACUUCUACAAAUAAUGAAAGUAUGGAAAAACAGUUUGCCCUACCAGUAGGGUUUAGACAGGCUUAUGGUUCUUAUUCCAAGUAAUUUCAUUUUAGCUGGAAUAAGGUAGUCUGUAUCUUCCUCUUCGAUAUCUGUUUGUUGCCGGAUCUCAUCUUUUCCACAAAAUUCCGGUUUUACUUUCUUAUUACCACUGUUUUUAACACCUUCAUUCCUUCCUAGACUCGUCCCCUUACUAUCAAUUCGUGUUUCUUAUUGGUCCUUUCCUGUCAUUAUUCCCGCUGCAGGCAUCAUAAGAUUUGCUCCAAUACAUCAAUGUAUGAUCAGACAAUUAGGCUCUUGCACGUUUAAACAGGUACAGACACACAAUUAAAUUAAUUCUUACCAUGACCACUGCUACAGAUGUAUAAACAGAAAAAAAGCAGAUGAUGACUACAUUGGCACCUUGUUACAGUGGAAUUGUAAUGUGAACUCAACACAGUCAAAUUCUGGAGACAGUUUUGGGUCAAAAUAUUCAAAAUAUGCCAACACUUGAGACUCCUGAAUUGCAUGAAUGCUAAAUUGUGGUGGUGGCCAGAAGUGUGUUUCCAUAUGUGACUCCACAGUUAUAAAGAGAAAACUGGAGGAAGCGAAGAAGCUGACAUAAAAAGCAGAGGUCAUCAGCUACAAGAAGACAAAAGGAGUCUGGGGAGACAUAGAAGGAACACAAUCGAGGGCAGAUGAGAACAAUUAAGAGUUAGCAAUGGCGAAUAGGACCAUCUCACCAAAACAAAAAUGAAUUAGCAGCACUUUACUGGCAUGUCUGAGAAAAACAAUCAACUGAAGGAUGGAACAGAAUAGAGAAUCAAGCUAAUGGUAAAAUUAAAAUUAAAACAAUUGUUCUACCAUGGGAUAGGAUUUCCUUGUGGCCAAUAUAUCACAUGGCUCUCAACACAGAAAUGUAUGAAUUGGUUGUAAUUUAUACUUUGUAUAUAUUUGCAUUUGAUUGGAUAUAUGUGCCAACUGUUGAUUAAUAAUGAAAUGUUUUAUAAAGACA